AUGGCGACAUCCGUUCUCCAACGCGAAGAAUGUCGACGAGAGCAUGAGCCUAAAUUGGAUUUAUCCGAGCUAAGGCUCUCAGAUGAGGACCGCAUACAGAGACAGGAAAUCAAAGAGAGGGAGACGGGAGAGCUUCCACCUGAGCUAAGAGAGCGGGCGAGAGUAGAAUUAAGAGAGGAACCGGCAUUAAGAGAGCAAGCGCUCUCACAGAUGAGACAUUUUAUAGAGAAGCAUCCGGCGAUAAAGAAAUGCAGAACAGAUGCUCCCUUCUUACUUCGCUUCUUACGCACCAAGAAGUAUUCUAUACCGCAAGCGUGUUCUAUGCUGGAGCGCUAUCUGACCAUCAGGCAGAUGUAUCCGCACUGGUUCCAGAAGCUCGACCCGCUGGACCCUAAGAUAGCAGCAGUCAUAGACGCGGGUUACUUGGUGCCGUUGCCUAAGCGAGACUCCGAAGGGCGCCGGGUAGUUUUGUCAUGCAUGGGUCGUUUUGACCCUCACAUCUUCGACAGCUGCGUGAUGGCGCGCGUUCACUCCAUGAUAGUGGAAUUGCUGUUAGACGAGCCUCGGUCACAGUUGCUCGGUUACACGCAUGUCAACGACGAGGCUGGGAUGCAAAUGCCACACGUCAGCCUCUGGUCACUCACAGAUGUUCGCAUCAUGCUCAACUGUAUCCAGAAUUCGACGCCUAUGCGACACAAGCGCACGCACUUUGUGAACAUACCUCAGUAUGGAGUCAGAUUUUUUGAGUUUGCCGUAUCAUUGCUCAGUGAUAAACUGAAGGAUAGAGUCAUGUUCCAUCGCACUAGUGAAGAGUUGAACAAACACGUCGAUCCGUCUAUACUGCCUAAGGAGUACGGUGGCACUGUACCUCUUAAAGACAUGAUUGAAGAACUAAAACGAAACUUGUUAAAGCGCCGAGAAGAAUUAUUAGCGCUCGAUGACAUGUGCGUGGAUCUUUAUGCACUAGAAAAGAAUGAUAUAACUCAGAACAUACAUUCAACUGCCGGAUCGUUCCGAAAACUUGAAUUGGAUUAG